AUGAGUCUGCACGAGGACGGGAAGGCGUGGUUCGUGCCCGAGGGGGCGAGAGUUAAACCGCUGUCUGUGACAGAGGUCAUGCCGUUGGCGGUGAUGGGGGACGAGGUGAUCGAGAAGCUGGGCGAGCCGCGCAACAGGCUACUAAAAUCAGAGCUCUGCGUGGACCUCGAUUCGUCCCUGCCUCUCCUCUCCUCCUUCUCAUCCCUCGCCUCGCUCUCUCUCAUCGCCUGCACCUUCAACCCAUACGAGCUGCACACACUCGCGCGCGCGCUGCACACUCUCACGCACCUCACCAUUGACGAUUGCCCGCUCGUCUGCUCCCGCUCGCUCUCCGCCCUUGUGCGAGCCAAUCCCGCCCUCUGUUCCCUCUCCCUCAGCAGCAAACGCUACCGCAUGUACAGCGUUGCAGGGCUGUCGACCGUGCUGCUGGGCCUGACAGCAGAGAAGCUGCUCGCGCUCUCUCUCUCUCCGGCCUGCCGUCCUUCCGCCCUGGCAUGCUGGCGCGCUGCAGUCUAUGUUGCACUAUACGCGAUUCGCGUAUCAGUCGCGUUCGACUUAUACGCUUACGUACGAACCGACAUCCGUGCAGCGCUGGCAGCAGCAAGUGCGGACACGAGCGCGGCGUGCAAGGACGUGUUCCAACUGGAGGAGGAGGAGGAGGAGGAGGAGGAGGAGGAGGAGGAGGAGGAGGAGGAGGAGGAGGAGGAGGAGGAGGAGGAGGAGGAGGAGUGGGCGAGGGUGGCAGCGCAGUCACGCGCAGGGUUGGUGGAGGUGGUGCCGUGGCUGAUGGAGCGGCUGAGAGUGCAGUCGUCCGCCAUGGUGGACGGGCUCGAGUCCAUGCUCGCCCCACGUGCUGCUGCUGCCAGUGCAGGGGCUGCUGCUGCUGCUGCCGCUGCCGCCGCCGCCGCCGCCGCCGCCGCCGCCGCUGCCGCCGCCGCUGCUGCUGCUGCUGGUGUCGCUGCUGCUGCUGGUGCUGGUGCUGGUGGUGCUGCUGCUGGUGCUGUGGCUGGUGUGCAAGGGGAGGGGGAGCAGGAGGAAGUAGAGGAGGCCUGGCCGGCAAGCACGGCACGGGUGGCAGCAACGAGCCCUUGUCUGGACUGUCUCGUGUGGGAAAAACUUGACUUCACUGCUGCUCCCACCUCACCCUGCCUGCCCGAUAACCCCCCCUCUACACCUCCUCCCCCGUCCCUUACUUCCCAUGCCAGAGCAGGUGCAUCAUCCUGCUCCCUGUCCCUCCCCCCCUCCCCUGCGCUUGCUAGCCGUGCCAAUCAGCAGCGGCAGUCGUUUGAGAGUGUCGUCCUGGCUGCUGUGUUUGGCAGGCUGAGGUGGUUGGCAGUGGCGUGGUGCGGUGGGGUGGGGGAGGAGCAGCUGAGGGUAGAGCACUGUGAUGCCAACUCCGAUGCCCUGCUGCUAGCAUGCCCUAUCCACUCUCUCACCCAAGCCAUGAUCAUCGCAUGCACCCGUGUCACUGCUGUUGGGGUUGGAGGGCUUCUGGGAAGCUUCCCUAGGCUGCGGCAGGUGAAGGUGGAGGCAGAGAAGGUGUCUGAGAGGACGAGGCGGGAGCUGCGGCGUGCUGGUGUGGUGGUGAGGGGAGUCUGA